AUGAGAUCCAGCGCCAACUCGGGCAUGCCGCCAGCCAUGUCUGCUGAGGGCUCUUUUUGGGAAACCUGGACAUCAAGCAUACUGUCUAAAAUAAUACCCCCAGCGCGCUCGGCUUCAACAGGAAAGGAAAUGGAGACGCCUAGACUUUUCGUUUCAGCUGUCGGCUUCUGUAUAGCGCAGACUGCCGUCCCCGGCCUCCUGCUCAUCACGACUCCCAAGGGCUCCCGUCUGCGUCACCUAUGGAUUCCCUGCUCGCUGUGGCUGACGUACCAGUUUUUUCUCUUGUCAAGAGGCGCCUCCAGCAUUUCCAUUCAAUAUGCCAACGCGGCAAUGCACGUCUUUGUCGCCAGUCUCCAGGCGGGAAACCUCCUCAUCUUGAGCCCCGUAGACGAGGGCCAUCUUUUGCGGGUUGGACUCUAUCCAAGCCAGUCCAGCGGGUUAUCCAGGAUCUGGCGCACUUCUCGACUCUUUAUUGCUUCGCGAGGUAUCGGCACCCCGUGGGUUGUUAAGAACAUUCCGCAACACCCCGAGGCUCUUGCCGCUCGGGCGAGGCCUCGAAUUCCCAAGUCGGCGUUUCUUCUUCGGCAAGCGGUCGUUUUCGCCUGGCAGUACGUUUUGCUGGACGUGUUGUAUGUUGUUGCGACUUGGGACGAGUCGUCGGCGGCCGCUUCGACGACACGGUUUGACUACUGGGAGGUGAGGGCGGUAGAAUGGCCGCGAUAUGUUUUCAUGGCCUUGUUCUCGUGGUUUGUAGUAGCUAGGGUGCUUAUCGAUGCGAGUUAUCGAGCUGCUGCCUUGGUUGCCGUUGGACUCGGGGGCUCAUCAGCUGAAGAUUGGCCCCCUUUGUUCGGAAGCAUGUGGAUGGCAUUUACGCUGCGCAACUUUUGGGGCAAGUUCUGGCACCAGUUCCUGCGGUGGCCGUUCACAUCUACGGCGAAUUACCUGGCAAGAGAUCUUCUCAGACUUCCUCGACCGUCUCCCGUGGAGAGGUACCUCAACACCUUUUUUGUGUUUCUUUUGUCGGGUCUUUUGCACGUCAUGGUGGAUUCUGUGCAGGGCGUGCUACCUAGUGAAUCUGGGGCCAUGACUUUUUUCCCUCUGUUCACGCUAGGGUUCAUGAUUGAAGAUGGUAUCCAGGAGGCUUGGAAUAGACUGCGUGUUUCCAGACAAACGCAUCAGGCGGAUCUACGUACUAUGCUUUGGCAACAAACGUUGGGCUUCGUGUGGGUUAUCACCUGGAUGUCUGUGACAUCACCGCCUUACCUUUUGGCCUCACGCCAGUCAUCUGAGGAAAAUCGACAAUUGGUUCCCUUUAGCGUUGUGCGAGUUACAGGCGUCUAUGCGGGCGUAAUUUGGAUACUUGUAGGAGGGGUCAUGGUCAAGGUAAUAUUUGGGGGCGAGCCAUGA